CGUGCAUCCCUGAUAUCUAUUUUUACCUUUUCGUCCCAUACCUCCGGUUCAACGGCCAACAAUGUUCAGCUGUUGAGCAUGCACAGGUCAUUGGCGCUUAAUAAUCGUUAAUUGAGAAAUUCCUAUGCUAAUCCCAUCCUUGACCUAUCGAUCCUCUUGUAUCUUCAUCGGGUUGGUUUUGAAACGCGAAAGGUCGGAGUGGACAAUAUUUGAUACUACGGGGCUAUACGAACAUCCUCAUUUUGGACCACGCCACCAACGCCCUUCAAUUUAAAAUCUCAUGUUUAUCUCUCCGGCGAUCAACAGGAACAAUAAACGCACCCGUACGCGUGUGAUCCUGACUCUGACUCAUGCCCUAGGCCUACAGCGUGGAAGAAUCAUAUAACAGCUUGAAGUGACGCUCAGAGGUGGCCAUUCAAAUCACUAGCAUAAUGGCAGAAACACCACAUCCAUCUGCGUCCACUACCACUUUACAGUCGACUAUCACUGUCACAUCAACUUCCCCAUUGAACCCUCCUCCCGGCCCAAAGAAAGAUUACGCCGCUGCGUUCGGUUCUUUGCAGUCGAGAUAUGGAACUGGCGGUUAUGUACCCAACCCCAAGCCCCUCAGGCUUAAGCCUGCUCCUGCCGCCCCAGUCAUACCUGAAGGCACUACCGUGGCGUCGAGCUCCACCCCCGAUCGUGGGGUAGACUCAAACGGGACGCAAAGUGGUCAGGCUGGUGAGAGUCAGAAAUCAAAGAAGAGGAAGUCUGUUCUCUCUCUAUUCAAACCUAACCCCAGCGUCCCGCGGCUAUCGCCCGUGACUCAUCUAUGUCUUCAGUUUUUUGGUCGAAGGCUCAUGAAGAUCGAGCAUAUGGACAAUGGCGUCAUGGUUUUGAGAAGAUACUUGCGCAGACCGAUCGCAGUAAUAAUAGAACUGAAACGAGGCCAUCGUACAACAUACGCGACAAUGUCGAAGCAUUCAGACUCUACCACCUGCCUUAUCCCUAAAGAGGACCCUUCGCCUACGAAGGGAGAAACGAAGUCAACCACAUUGCUUUCGUCGUUGUUCAAGAAGAGCGUUCAUUCCGAUACUAACGAUGAUGGUGGAAAGGACGGAGCAGCCCUUGACAAGACGUCAGGUUUUAAAGAUCAAGCUCAGAAGAACGGAUGGGCCGCACCGACGGCGACGCGUCCAUCCUUGGGAUGAGGGCCAUUUGGAUGAGGGAGGACGAGAAAAAAAGGAAAGCUUGUCAUAAGCUCUUCAUGGUCGCUACAGGAGAUGUGUAAGAAGUAUGCCGCUAUGGCUGUAUGAAACUAUAUAUAUCGCACCGUUGUUUUCAAAUCUUUGAUAUCCACGAUGGAAGACCCAUAAUCCAUAAU